AUGGCAGCUAGGGACCGCUUUAGUGGUGCCUAUGCUGACCUGGGCUUCACCCCUCUUCAGAGGGCCAUUCGAAACGCCUGCGAUCUUUCCCACUAUGAGCCGAACCUCGCUCUAAACCUCGAAGUUGCAGACCUGGUCAAUUCCAAGAAAGGCAAUGCUCCCCGAGAAGCAGCAUUCGAUAUCGUCCGCCUGAUAAAUUCCCGCAACCAGAAUGUUUCAUUAUUAGCAUUGGCGCUUUUGGACAUUUGCGUCAAAAACUGCGGAUACCCGUUCCAUCUUCAGAUUAGCACGAAAGAGUUCCUGAAUGAGUUGGUCCGGCGCUUCCCUGAACGGCCGCUCAUGCGAGCCACGAGGGUCCAGCAUCGCAUUCUCGAGUCGAUUGAGGAGUGGAGGCAAACUAUAUGUCAGACGUCAAGGUAUAAGGAUGACCUAGGGCAUAUCCGUGAUAUGCACAGGCUGCUCCUCUACAAGGGCUAUGUGUUUCCAGAGAUUCGGCGCGAAGAUGCGGCCGUCUUGAAUCCUAGCGAUAAUUUGCGGUCGGCGGAGGAAAUGGAAGAGGAGGAACGCGAGGCACAGUCGGCGAAGCUGCAGGAGCUCAUUCGGAGAGGGACACCGGCGGAUCUACAAGAAGCGAACCGGCUGAUGAAGGUUAUGGCGGGAUACGACAAUCGCCAUAAAACUGAUUACCGAGCGAAGGCGGCCGAGGAGGUGUCUAAAGUACAGGAGAAGGCUAAAAUUCUGGAGGAGAUGCUGCAGAGCCAGGCGCCGGGUGACCGGAUUGCGGAGGGUGAUGUCUUUGAGGAGCUCGCAAAUGCGCUUCAAAGUGCGCACCCGAAGAUCCAGAAAAUGUGCGAGGAGGAAGCAGAGGACCCAGAAGCUGUGCGCAAGCUGUUGGAGAUCAACGAUAGCAUACAUCGAACCAUCCAACGAUACAAGCUCGUGAAGACCGGCGAUUUCGAGGGGGCGACGAAGAUUCCCAAGGGCACCUUGGGCACCACCACGGGAGUGUCCAAGAACGCCAACAACGAGUUAUCUCUGAUCGAUUUCGACCCCGAGCCCAGUUCUAAUGGAGACGCACAGCAGCCGGCGGCGCAGGGCUCUAGCUCUAUUGAGAGUGACCUGCUUGGCCUGUCAAUCGACGAGCCAAUUCCCUCAGGUGGAAUCUCAUUAGGACAAACGAGCCCGCCUGUUCCCCAGAUACCCCAGACUUCCAGUGCAUUCCAACAAAACAUUGAUAUCCUCGGUUCGUUAAGCUCACCUCAACCCCCGUCCAAGUCAUCGACACCCGUACCCGCAUUUUCGCAAGCAACAGCAACACCACCACCUCCUGCGGCGGACCCAUUCGCGUCCUUAGUAUCCGCCAGCCCUCGACACCAAAGCCCAUUUCCCUCUGGAAGCUCUGUCAGUCCUCAACCGCCGGCAUCGUCGUCGCUACUUGACCUUGCGGGAGCGGCUCCGGCGGCAAAGCCCAAGGCAGAGGAGGACGAGUGGAAUUUCGCGUCAUCGCUGCCAGAGAGCAAUUCGUUACCCAGCACCAACCGGGUGCAGGUUCUGAACUCGUCACUGAAGGUUGAAUUGCUCGCUCGUCGACACCCCCAGCAACAGCGCCAGAUCCACCUGGUUGCGUCUUUCUCAAAUGCGACAAGCCAACCGCUGAACGAUCUCCACUUCCAGGUUGCAGUCGAAAAGGCAUACACAUUACACCUCCGGCCGCAGUCCGGCCGCGACAUCGGCCCGCUCCAAGCAAACGGCGUGCAACAGGAAAUGCUCAUCGACGGUAUUGACAUGGGCAAGGGCAACGCCGUGAAAAUCCGCUUCCGGGUGUCGUACCGGCUGGGCAGCGAAACAAAGGAGGAGCAAGGGAUGGUCCCGGCACUGGGAAUAGCAUAA